GGUGGAGUUUCAGUUAGGUGGAGCGAAUCGAUGGUGGGUGGAAGAAGUUAUCAUGGGCGAAGGUAGCGGUAGAAACGGCAACAACAGCAGCCGUAGAGGCGGCAUGGCAGCCCUCAGUAACAACACCAACACCUCCGUUAGCACAAAUAACAGCAACCACCACCCCAACAAGCCUGCGUGGUUGCAGCAAUACGAGGUGAUCGGUAAGAUCGGCGAAGGCACCUAUGGCCUCGUCUUCCUUGCUCGAACCAAGUCUCACCCUAACCGAGGCAAGUUCAUUGCCAUCAAGAAAUUCAAGCAAUCCAAGGAUGGCGAUGGCGUCUCUCCCACUGCCAUCCGUGAAAUCAUGUUGCUGAGGGAGAUUAAUCAUGAGAAUGUUGUUAAGCUUGUUAAUGUUCACAUCAACCAUGCCGACAUGUCGCUUUAUCUUGCUUUCGAUUACGCCGAGCAUGACCUUUAUGAAAUUAUCAGACAUCACAGAGAAAAGGUCAACGAUUCUAUCAAUAAGUAUACAGUUAAGUCAAUACUCUGGCAGCUGCUCAAUGGGCUGAACUAUCUCCACUGUAAUUGGAUUAUACAUCGGGAUCUGAAGCCAUCAAACAUUCUGGUAAUGGGUGAGGGAGAGGAACAAGGAUUGGUUAAAAUUGCUGAUUUUGGUCUUGCAAGAAUAUACCAAGCUCCCCUGAAGCCAUUAUCAGAAAAUGGGGUAGGAAUUCAUUGAUUUCCAUUUUUCCACUG